GGUCUCGAAGAACUACAACCUCCCUGGGCGCGUCUUAGCUGCUGCUUUGCAGUGCAUUCCGGGGAAUGUGGUUUGCUGUGGCUCGGAGACGCUUCGCUGGGUGGCGGAGCCAGUUCCGGGGAGCCACGGUCUGGAAAGGAAGCGUCGGUUUAAUUUUGACCCCCACGGCCCCAGGCUUGGGUCCUCAGAGGGUGCGCUCUGGAAGGGUCUAGCUGCUGGCAGGGCUGCUUUUCCUGAACACGCUGAAAGCACGUGAAGGUAGUUGGGAGUCCCCUAGCAAUGGAUAAAUUCGUCAUUCGAACGCCUAGAAUCCAGAAUAGCCCUCAGAAGAAAGAUCCUGGUGCAAAGAUUUACAAACAGGCCACGAUUGAAUCUCUUAAGAGAGUUGUGGUUAUAGAAGACAUAAAAAGAUGGAAAACGAUGUUGGAGCUUCCUGAUCAGACCAAAGAGAAUCUAGUUGAAGCUUUACGAGAAUUAAAGAAGAAAAUACCCUCCAGGGAGGUAUUAAAAUCAACAAGGAUAGGUCAUACUGUGAAUAAGAUGCGUCAGCACUCAGAUUCAGAAGUGGCUUGUCUUGCUAGAGAAGUCUACACUGAGUGGAGAACUUUCAUUGAAAACCACUUAGACAGACCUUCUAUUGAAGUGCGAAGUGACCCCAAAACUGAGACAUUCAGGAAAAAUGCCCAGAAGUUACUUUCAGAAGCCUUGGAAUUAGAGAUGGAUCACCUACUGGUUGAAAAUAUCGAGCGGGAAACGUUUCAUCUCUGCUCCCGCCUCAUUAACGGGCCAUACCGGCGGACGGUGAGAGCCCUCGUCUUCACAUUAAAGCACCGAGCUGAAAUCCGGGCUCAGGUGAAGAACGGCUCGCUGCCGGUCGGCACGUUUGUACAGAACCACAAAAAAUGACCCGAGGAUGGUUCCAAAGCUGGGCUGGGCAGAAAGCAAAAUGGGCCUCUUUCUGCCAUUCAAAGACUCUUUUGAGUUUGGGUGAUGGCUGCUUCUGGUGGUGCUAAAUUUUCCCGUGGUGCCAUUCCUUCAGAAGGAGGACGCGGAGAGCCCCGGGAGCCAGGCCUGCGGGAGACGCUUCGUUAGCUGCGUCACUUGUGCGGCUGGCAGGCCGCGCUGGCUGUCACUAGGAAGCGCGGUAUGGUUGCCAUCACCCAACCCAGGGAAGGGGUGACGAUUUCACUGUGAGUGUGCCAAGGACACCUCUAAACUUCCCCCAUGUCAGACAGACGGAGUUACUACUUUAUUUCGCCACCCCGCAGGUAACUGAAACUCAAUUACCGUGGCCGCUCACUCAGUCCCAUCCCCCUGAGUUUAGAUAGCUCCGGUGCCUCUCAGAACUCCCCUGUCUGUUCUCUUUGCUCUACCCCAGGGGUGAGCCUGCUGGAGCCAGCCAACUACCCCUUCAUUCCAGAACUCACUUAUCUGAACAUUUCAGCUCUCCCUGGAAGACCUUCCGCGUUGGUCUCCGCAGCCCCCAUGCUGAGGCUUCUAAUGAGGAACUGGCCCGAAGCAUCCCACACCUUGGGGUUUAUUUGAAUACGCUGGCUCUUGGUUUAGGGCUCUGCAGAAGAUACAAAAUGAAAUUUCUCUUGAAAUGAAUUACCAUAGUAGAAAAAAAUGCAUCUAUAUUCUGAAAUGGAAUGCCUCUGUAUAGGCCUGCUUGAACAAUUAUGUGACUAUUUGCUCUUUUAAAGUCAUAAUAAACUGGGACUUUUUUUUCCCCCUAAAACAAAA